CUCAAACAUACGUCGUGGCUUUUAGCUCAACUUAACUAGAAAUGUGUUGUACAUGUUCACUUAUAAGGAUUAAUCUAUAUUGCGAGUACCAUAUAUAUAAUAAUUAUUAUAUGACCUGGGUCUUGAGGAUAUGAUUCUGAUUCUGCAAACUGUCUUAAGCUUUUUUUUGUUCGGCAUAGGUUACUUUUUCUAUCAUGAUUACAAAAGGCGGCGGCUGCAUUUCCCACCUGGACCUAUUGGGCUGCCAGUUAUCGGAAGUCUGGCGUCAUUCGGCAACAACCCACAUGUAACCUUCGACAAAUGGAGGCGAAAAUACGGAUCUGAUACCGUAGGUUGCCGGCUUGGCUCACAGAAUAUUGUCAUUCUGCACGAUCUGGUCACCAUCAGGAAAACGCUCGCCGAUGAAGAUUCUACCGGGCGGACGCAUAUCACUUUUGGAACAAAAGAUCUAGAAAGCCAGGAUGGUGUGCAUUAUGGUGUGGUAAACAGUGAAGGGGAAUUAUGGCAAGAACACCGCCGUUUCACGCUGUCCACCUUGAAAGACUUUGGAAUGGGCAAAACAUGGCUGGAAGAUGCCAUCAUCGAGGAAAUCGAUGACCUAUGCUGCGUGCUAGAAUCAUACGGAUCCCGGGCCAUGGAUCCAGCCAAGCACAUCUAUCACUGUGCCGCUAAUAUCAUUUGUGCUCUGCUUUUUGGCAAACGUUUUGAUCACGAUGAUGAAGGUUUUACCCGGUUAGCCACAACCGUUGCCGAUCAAGUGGAGCAAGCAUCGGAUGAUUUCUUAUUUCUUGUCUGUCCUUAUUUGCAAUAUAUUCCUGGCCGUUUCCGCAACCGCUGCAGAAAAGCGCAAGAGAAUUAUAGAAAUAUUGCAAAGUUUACGGAAAACUUUGUGAAGCGUCACAGACAGACAGUUGCACAACAUGAAGCGCGGGAUUAUAUCGAUGCUUAUUUGUUGAAAGCUGGUUCGCUUGACAAUGAAAGAAAGGAAUUUUAUUCCGAUAAACAACUGGAAGUGGCAAUGUAUGAUCUUUUUAUUACUGGUACGGAGACAACGUCAACAACGAUCGUAUGGUGUCUAUUAUUUAUGCUGGAAUAUCCGAAUAUCAAGAAGAAAGUGCAGGAAGAAAUCGAUCUUUUUACGGACGAGAAAAAGCGCGAGGUUCGCUUCGGUGAUAAAGGGGUGCUUCCGCUUACCGAAGCGACAAUUCUGGAGGUACAACGAAUGACCACCAUUGCAGCAUUAGCGGUACCGCACCGCGCGAAGCGUGAUAUGCUGAUCGAUGGGUAUUUUGUACCGGAAGAUACCUGGAUCCUGCCCAACUUGUAUUCCGUUCACCACGAUCCAAAACACUGGGAGAGCCCAGAAGAGUUUAACCCAUACCGGUUUCUUGAUAAGGACGGUGUGAUCGACAAGGCGCACACAUUUGUCGUAUUCGGAAUAGGAAGGCGCGCUUGCCCUGGAGAACUACUGGCCAGAAUGGAGUUAUUCUUGAUGUUUGCUCGGUUAAUGCAACGCUUCGACAUUACACUGCUCCCCGGCAACACAGUUUCUCACACGGAUUACUGCACUUCCAUUGUUCUUUCGCCAAAGCCGUUUGAGAAUGCAUUUAUUCCCAGACAAAGAUAAUUUUGUGACUUUCUUUAUUAAUAUGCGCUCUAAAUGUCUAACCAUAUCUGUAUACCGUAGAAUUGUAGAGUUUUUGUUAC